AUGGAUUCCCUCAUUGCAGCAAACACCAAAUUUUGCUUGGAUCUUUUCCAAGAGAUCAGCAAAAAUGACGGUCAUAAAAACAUCUUCUUCUGUCCUCUGAGCCUCUCAGCUGCCCUUGGCAUGGUCCGUCUGGGGGCCAGAAGUGACAGUGCGCAUCAGAUCGACCAGGUACUACACUUCAAUGAAUUGUCUCGGGAUCAAAGCGAAAAACCUGAUCCCUGUCUGAAAAACAAACAACAAGAAGUGCUGGCUGACAGCUCUGUAAAAGGGCGGAAGAAAACGACUGAGCAUCUGACUCCGCAGGAGGGGUCUUCGAAGGAUAAGAGCGAACUUCUCAGUUGCUACUUCGGGCAGCUUCUCUCCAAAUUAGAUCGGAUCAAAGCUGAUUACACCAUGAGUAUUGCUAACAGGCUUUAUGGAGAGCAGGAAUUUCCAAUCUGUCCGGAAUACAUAGAUGACGUGGUUAGGUUCUACCACACGACGAUUGAAAGUGUUGAUUUCCAGAAAGACACUGAAAAGUCCAGACAAGAAAUUAACUUCUGGGUUGAAUCUCAAUCCCAAGGUAAAAUCAAGGAGCUCUUCAGCAAGGACGCCAUUGACAGUGGGACCGUGCUGGUGCUGGUGAAUGCUGUUUACUUCAAGGCCAAAUGGGAGAAAUAUUUCGAACAUGAAAACACAGUUGAUGCACCUUUCUCUCUAAAUGAGAAUGAAAAGAAGACCGUGAAGAUGAUGAAUCAAGAGGGUCUGUUUAGAAUUGGCUUCAUAGGGGAGCUGAAGGCACAGAUCCUUGAAAUGCCAUACACCCGAGGGAAGCUCAGCAUGUUUGUCCUGCUGCCAUCUUGCUCUGCUGAUAACUUGAAGGGCCUGGAGGAGCUUGAAAGGAAUAUCACCUAUGAAAAAAUAAUGGCCUGGAGCAGCUCAGAAAAUAUGUCAGAAGAAAGAGUAGCCAUCUCCUUCCCCAAGUUCACCCUGGAAGACAGCUACAAUCUCAAUCCUAUUCUACAAGACAUGGGCAUCAUAGAUAUCUUCGAUGAAAAGGCCGAUCUUACUGGAAUCUCUCCAAAUCCCAAUUUGUACCUGUCAAAAGUUGUCCAUAAAACCUACGUGGAGGUAGAUGAAAAUGGCACCCAGGCCGCCGGAGCCAGUGGGGCUGUCGGCACCACAUUGUCUGCACCAUCUUGGGUGACAUUUAAUGUCGAUCACCCAUUUCUCUUUUUCAUCAGACACAACAAAACCCAAACCAUUCUCUUCUAUGGCAGGGUCUGCUCUCCUUGA